AAGUCGGAGAGAGAGCAGAGACAGCGAACUAAACACAAAACAGCUCCAUUUCCGCUCGUAGAUCCAGCCCUUCUUUUCCGCCAUAGCUCCACACGCAGAGAGCUCACCGAUCUCCGAUCCCCCUUUGCUUACAUAUCUCCCUUCCUCCGCCCUUUAUCUGGAUCUCGUCCUCAACUCCCAAGACUCCGGGUUUUGUCAUCCAAUUUCCUGCCGCCGACUGUGUAGCUCGGGAUUCCGGGAAUCGAGUAAAGUGAGAAGCUAACCAUGAAUCCGUUCUCGUCCGGGACUCGUCUUAGAGAUAUGAUUAGAGCCAUAAGGGCCUGCAAAACUGCUGCUGAAGAACGAGCUGUUGUGAGAAAAGAGUGUGCUGCUAUCCGUGCUGCAGUUAGUGACAAUGACCAAGAAUAUAGGCAUCGCAACCUUGCAAAACUUAUGUUCAUUCACAUGCUUGGUUAUCCCACUCAUUUUGGGCAAAUGGAAUGUCUCAAAUUGAUAGCAUCUGCUGGGUUUCCUGAGAAACGAAUAGGCUAUCUUGGUCUUAUGUUACUUCUUGAUGAGAGACAGGAAGUUCUCAUGCUGGUCACAAACUCCUUAAAACAAGAUCUCAACCAUUCAAACCAGUAUAUCGUUGGUCUUGCUCUAUGUGCUUUGGGGAAUAUUUGUUCUGCUGAAAUGGCACGGGAUCUUGCUCCUGAAGUUGAACGAUUACUUCAAAGUAGAGACCCAAACAUUAAGAAAAAAGCUGCACUAUGUUCCAUUAGGAUUGUAAGGAAAGUUCCUGAUUUGGCAGAAAACUUUAUGAGUCCUGCUGCUGCCUUACUCAAGGAAAAACAUCAUGGCGUUCUUAUUGCUGGAGUUCAGCUAUGUGCAGAUCUUUGUAAAGCUAGCUCUGAGGCACUUGGAUACUUGAGGAAGAACUGCACAGAGGGAUCAGUCCGUAUACUGAGAGAUGUUUCCAACAGCUCAUAUGCACCUGAGUAUGAUAUUUCUGGAAUUACAGACCCAUUUUUACAUAUCCGAGUGCUUAAGCUGAUGAGAAUGUUGGGACAAGGAGAUGUGGAUGCAAGUGAAUUUAUCAAUGACAUUCUUGCUCAGGUUGCUACUAAAAUUGAGUCCAACAAAAAUGCUGGCAAUGCUAUUCUCUAUGAGUGUGUUGAAACAAUAAUGGGUAUUGAGGCUACUGGUGGCCUUCGAGUUCUUGCAAUCAAUAUCUUGGGAAGGUUCUUGUCAAAUCGUGACAACAAUAUCAGAUAUGUUGCACUCAACAUGCUGAUGAAAUCUGUUGUGGUUGAUUCUCAAGCAAUGCAAAGACACAGAACAACAAUUUUAGAGUGUGUUAAGGAUUCUGAUGCUUCAAUUAGGAAAAGAGCUCUUGAGCUUGUAUGUCUUCUAGUCAAUGAUACCAAUGUGAAGCCUUUGACUAAAGAGCUAAUUGACUACUUAGAAGUUAGCGAUGAAGAAUUCAAAGGGGAUCUCACUGAAAAAAUUUGCUCUAUUGUUGAAAGAUUUUCAUCUGAAAAGUUAUGGUAUAUUGAUCAGAUGCUGAAGAUCUUAUCCGAGGCUGGGAAUCAUGUAAAAGAUGAAGUUUGGCAUUCGCUUAUAGUUGUUAUAAGCAAUGCUGCUGAUCUUCAAGGAUAUACUGUGAGGUCGCUAUAUAAGGCUUUUCAAACUUCUUCUUUACAGGUUGGUUUAGUACGGGUCGCACUAUGGUGCAUUGGGGAAUAUGGUGAAAUGCUAGUAAAUGGAGCUGGCAUGCUUGCAGCGGAGGAACCUGUAACUGUAACUGAAUCUGAUGCAAUCGAUGUUGUUGAGGUUGCUUUGAAAUCUCAUUCUUCAGAUUUUACAAUUCGAGCAAUGUCUCUGAUUGCUCUACUAAAGCUUUCAUCUCGUUUUCCUCCCACCUCCGAGAGGAUAAGAGAGCUUAUUAUACAGCACAAAGGUAACUUUGAGCUAGAAUUACAACAAAGAUCAAUUGAAUUUAAUAAUAUCAUACAGAAGCACAAAAACAUCCAAUCUUCUUUGGUUGAAAGGAUGCCUGUUUUGGAUGAAUCAACUUAUCUUGGAAGGAAAGAUGGCUCUUCAACAGAUGUUCCUGCUGUCAAACCCAGCAAGGCAAACCUUUCAGGGACUUCACUAAAUCUUCAGAAUGGAGUGACGAAGCCACCAGCGGCAUCUAUGGGGGAUUUGCUUGAUUUGAGCUCCGAUGAUGUCCCUGCUACUAAGUCAUCAACCAGCGAUUUUCUGCAGGACCUAUUGGGCAUUGAUUUGGGGACCCCUGUGCCAUCAGGUGCUGCUUUCUCUGGAGGCUCAGAUAUUUUAAUGGAUCUUUUAUCGAUUGGCUCUCCUAUUCCGAAUGAUUCAUCACCACCAAAUAGUGUCUCGAGCAGUGUGGCAAAUUCUUCAGCAGUUGCUCUGGAUAAAUUUUCAUCUUUAACUUCUACAUCUUCGUCCCUAUCUUCUGAAGCAUUGACCAUAGAUCCUCUGAGAGGGAUUGAACAAAUAAUCAGAUCACCACCGUCCACUGCUCCAAUAGUAGAUUUACUGGAUGGUUUUUCAAAUCAUAUAUCUGUUUCAGGUAAUGAAAAGCCAGAUUUUCCAGCCAUAACCGCUUUUGAGAGCAAUUCAUUAAAGAUUGCGUUCAGCUUCACAAAACUCCCUGGAAGGCAGCAUGAUACACAGAUCAAAGCUACCUUUACAAAUAAAUCAUCAAAUGAGUAUACAGAUUUCAUUUUUCAAGCUGCUGUUCCAAAGUUUAUUCAGUUGCACCUAGAUCCUGCUAGCAGCAGUACUCUUCCAGCUAGUGGAAAAGGGUCUAUAACGCAAACCUUAUCUGUCACUAAUAGCCAACACGGGCAGAAACCGCUUGCAAUGCGUGUAAGGAUGGCUUAUAAAGUGAAUAACCAAGAUCUGCUGGAACAAGGGCAAAUUACCAGCUUCCCUCCUGGCCUGUAAUGGUGAACAGAGUUCCUUGUCUGUGAAAUUGCUCUAUUGUUUUCAAUAUCCGUUGGCAGAGCCUACAAUUUCCAAUUUUUUUUUUUAAUUAGUGAGGAACUUGAGAAAGUAUAGGCAUUUUUCACUUCAGCUAAUCAUGGUUGUAUUUUUUUUUUUUCUGCUUUUAAUCUGUAGCUUUGUGUAUAUUAAGCAAAACUUGGAUUAAGCGUUUGGAAAAGGUGAUUCUUUGAUGGAGAGUAGCAUGUAUGCUGGAACUUAUAACACAAGAUAAAUUUUUGUUUCCAAAUUUUAUUAUUUUACUCCCAUUGUUUG